AUGACGGUGGCGAGUGGCAGGCACAGAGUGGUCUACCGGCUGGUGGGCGGGGUGUAUCUGAUGCUGGUAGCAGCGCCGCAGACCAACGUGCUCUGGCUUCUUGAGCUCGUCUCUGCCUGCGUCCGCAUCCUCAUCGCUGUUUCGCGCGGCGUUGAAGUUACACCCGACAAGCUUGCACGGCGCUACCCAGAGCUGUACCUGGCGCUGUCUGGAGUCCUGACCAGCGGCGGCAGCGAGGUGCUGUCUGCCUUGGCAGCUGCAGAGGCCGACCUUGCCUCCAUUGGCCCCGAUGCAGCCAAGAGCAAGGCGGGUGUCAUGGGCCGUCUGGGCCUCAGCGCAUCGUCGAGCCGCGUGAAGGGCAGCGGCCCGACACUGACAGAUGAGGUGGAGGACUUGUCCAAGGUCUCCUUCGCUUUCCCUCCAGACGCGCUGCAGACAUCACCAGACAAGGCGCGGGCGGCGGCCGGGUCACCGGCUGGGAGGUCGCCAGAACAGGCUGCAGUAAGGUCAUCCCCUGCUGCAGCGGCUGGGCACCCCUUUGCAGCCUCCGCCGCCGCGGCCGACCGCUCUGUUCUGGCCGGCACUGGCCUUGAAGACCUGUUUGACCCCAGCCCAACAGAUGUGGGCCCUGCUGGCGUCGACCCAUCGGAUCCCUUUGGAGACGCAGGCUUGGCCUUUAAGGAGGGGGAUACGGAUGCUGCGGCAGACAACCCCUGGGCCGACUUUGACACCCCCCAGUCGGAGGCAUUCCCUCCAGAGACCCCCCUGUUUGGGCACCCGCUCUCCGCCGCCCAGCAGCCCUUCGGGACGGCCACUCCAGGCGUGCACCCUUGGCACGACCCCUGGGCGACGCUCAGGGGAGGUAAAUCGCCGGUCAAACCGGCCGCCAGCGCCGCGGCGGCUUUUGCGCAGCCGCCGCCGUGGACCAACUUUGAGGGCGCGGCCGCCGCUGCCAUGGCCGCUGACGGCCCUGCCACUGCUGCCCUUGCAGCUGCGGAGACCACAAAAGAUCCGCCAAGGGAGGUGACUCAGGAAGACCUGGAGAGCAUCGACAGGGGCUGGGCUGUGGAGCUGGUGGAGCGCUGGCGAGGGUCCUUCGUGGGUGGCAAACUUGUCAGGGCAGGCGCAGUUGGGGAGGUGUGGAGCUACCAGCAGCUGGCGCACUUGCGCGCGCAGGUGUUCUUCAAGUGCCACCUGUUCAGGAAGUCUGCCAUGGACCAGCGACUAAUCCGGUCAGCGCUGACAUCAGCAAAAUUCCUGCACGCAUCAGCAACGGGGGACUACGGCACCUACACUGGCUCUUUUGAGCGCAUCCCUUCCAACAGCCAGGUGCCAUUCUUGACAUAUCGGCUACCGGCAUUGGCAUGCGCGCCGCCACUGUUACUACGCCUGACAGCACAGCAUGGAGCCAAGGGCACGCUGCUGUGCGUCGAGAUUGUGGCCUCCCCAAACCUGCCCGGCCAGCUAUCCGCCGUCAAGCUGGCCCUCAACGUUCCCUCUGUCCUUGGUGCCCCCUCCAAGGCAAAGCCGAGGGGUGCGUGGGUGCCGGACAAGAAGCAGUUCAGGUGGGAGCUGAGCGACAUGUCUCCAGGGGCGAGCCUGGUCGCGCGCGUGGCAUUUCCUCCGGUGUCAGAACACGCCGACAUUGCCCAGGGCGGCAAGGCAUGCAUCCUUCAAGCUUUCAAUGCAGUGGUGACCUUCAGUGGACCAGAGGAGGAGAGCCUGUCAGGCAUAGCGCUGGAAAGCGGAUCAGACUUGGAUCGGCUCACAGACUCCUUCAGCAUCCUGCAUGGCCAGGCCACAGCCACCUUCGAGUAG